AAGAUGGUUACCCUUAUUCUCUAAUCAUCAUUCAUGCUGUUCAGCGGACUGUCCUCCCCACAUAUUCACGACAGAGCGCGUGGCAUACUGAUGAGCGGUAUGUACCUUUUAGCACAAAUUGCUGCAUUCCUUGGUUGGUUACUGGGAUCCCAGACUAGCCGAUCAUUGCCACCGCUCUCCAUUACUUCUCAAUCAGAGCUCUCAUGUGGCUCCAUAUCGCAUCCCAUCACGUCCGGAUAUGUGCAUCUUGAAGGCGGGAACUUGUUCUUCUCCCUGAUUGAGGCCAAGGAAUCUGCGAGAAAUAACGGGCUGGUGAUUUACUUUGAAGGUGGACCGGGAGGAAGUGCGAUGGAUUACCCUUUCCUUGGUGCCGGACCAUGUCAGCUUACUCCCGAAGGAGGGACUAUACUCUCGCCUGCACCGUACCCAUGGACAGAUCAUGCCAAUCUCUUGAUCCUCGAAUACCCGAUUCCUACCGGAUGGUCUUACAACACUACUUCCCAUAUACCACAUGAUUCGUCUGCUGGCGCUGCUGAAGACUUUGAUGACUUUCUUCAAGCUUUGCUUCACCAUUUCCCUCAGUUUGUUCAUCAACCAUUGAUCAUUAGCAGCUUGUCAUAUGGAGGAACAACGGCCGCUCACAUGGCGUCGACUGUGCUACGUAGGAACCAGAAUGCAGGGAUGUUUUCCACCAGGAUCAAAAAGCAUAUUGAUCAGUUAGUACUGGGUAAUCCCUUUGGCGAUGUCAUGACGGUCAUAUACCAAAACCUUCAUCAUCUUUGCUACACCCCUCCAGCAAUCCUUCCUUCCUCCUCUUGUGAAACACUUGAAUCCUACCUUACCCCAUGCCUUGACCGUCUUGCAUUCCUCACGUCUGAAUCCACCUCGCAUCUUUCCACUCGUGAGCUCCGACGUGAGGCUGCUAAAUAUUGCGCACCGCCAUUCGAGUUGACUUGGAAGGACGCAAGGGUAGACAGGUAUGACAGUCGCAAACCGCCUUGCUGGCCAGUAGACACUUGCUGGUGGUGGAACGAUAGUUUGCGAGCUUUGAUGAACAGCGAUGAGAUGAAGGAAAUCUUUGGUGUCCCGUCUCAUUUGACUUGGAGUUUCCUGGGCCUUUCUAGCUUGUAUUUCUAUCUUAAUGCGGACAAUAUGCAAGCUGCACACCACCUCCUCCCUGCCGUCAUCGACGCUGGCACCCGCAUUUUUGUGUACAGCGGUAUGAAUGACACUAUCCUCCCAUAUGAAGGUUCACUCGCCUGGAUGUCCCGUAUCCCUUCUUCCCAACUUUCAGCAUUCCGCCAAACCCCCAUCACCAUUCCCCCAUCGGCGGAGCCAUCAGAAACAGCAUUCAGAGGUAUCGUCCAUAAUCCCGGAGGCGCCGUAACGCUGUAUGGUUUCCCAGAUGCUGGGCACAUGGCGCAGGUAGAUCAGCCGACGGUGGUUUGGAAGAUUUUGGAGAAUGCUGUGAAAGGGGAGAACUGGAAUCCACUUGAAGGGUGGUGGUAAUGGGAAUGUCAAAUGUAUGAACAUGCUCGGCCCGCAACCCACUUUUGGACUGGAUGGGGAGUUUUGUUUUAUAGAAGCCGGAUAGAAUACAUGUCA